AUGUCAAAAGCACCCACGCCCUCAUUGCCCCUCUACAAUGCCGCCGGCCUGCCCUCCAAGUCUUCGCGGCCCUCUUCGCCCAUGCUGCAGCCGCCAGAAGCCCUCAAGCGGAGCACCACGCCCUCAUCAAUAACAUCGGCCCACUCCCUCCUCUCGGCCCAGGACACGGCCCACAAGCUCUCUACCUCGCUGACACAUGGUCUCUCCGCCUCGGACGCUUCGGCGCGCAUUCACAUCCAUGGCACCAACGAACUCCCCCACGAGGAGCCCGAACCGCUCUGGCUCCGCUUCCUCAAGCAGUUCAAAGAGACGCUCAUCCUGCUGCUGCUGGGCUCGGCUGGCGUGUCCCUCGUACUCGGCAAUCUGGAAGACGCCGUGAGCAUUGCCGUGGCCGUGACCAUUGUGGUGACAGUGGGCUUCGUACAAGAAUACCGAUCCGAGAAGUCGAUUGAGGCGCUGAAUCAGCUGGUUCCGCAUUCGGCACACAUCAUUCGCGCUGGCGUGGAGCCAUCACGCGGCCGUCGCGUGCCAAAUGGUACGGCAAAUGAGAGCAUAGAGUUGGACAACUUGAAAGACACCACGGCAUCGCUGGCAGCGGCAGAGCGCAAGUCUACUACCAUAUCCGCGACACUGUUGGUGCCGGGCGACCUGGUCUUGUUCCACACUGGAGACCGCAUACCAGCUGAUAUCCGCAUCACGCACGCAGCCGACCUCAGUAUUGACGAGUCCAACCUCACUGGAGAGAACGAGCCUGUCGCCAAGUCACCAGACACCAUCACGCCCCCGCCGGCCGUACAACGACCAUCUUCGCCUUUCUACGCCUCCGAAGCCGCUGGAACGGUCGGUGCUGAUAUACGGCUGAACGAUCAGAAGAACAUUGCAUUCAUGGGUACAUUGGUCAGAUCGGGCUAUGGACAGGGAAUUGUCGUCGGUACAGGAGGCAACACCGAGUUUGGCGCCAUUUCUGCUUCCCUGCAGGAAAUCGAGAGCCCGCGGACGCCUCUGCAACUUUCCAUGGACCGUCUAGGCAAGGAUCUAAGCUACAUGUCCUUCGGAGUCAUUGCCUUCAUUGGGCUGGUGGGACUGUGGCGUGGUUGGAAAUUCCUACAGGUCUUUCAGAUUGCUGUGUCACUUGCUGUCGCGGCCAUCCCCGAAGGACUUCCGAUCAUUGUUACUGUCACGCUUGCGUUGGGUGUGCUGAGGAUGUCUAAGCGCGACGCCAUUGUUCGACGGUUACCUAGUGUUGAGACCUUGGCUUCGGUCAAUGUCGUAUGUACUGACAAGACAGGCACGUUGACCACGAAUCACAUGACUGUGACGAAGAUAUGGCAUUUUGACGAAGCAUCACCAGUCGAUGUCAAGAAGAAGCACGAUUCUACGGACCUCGAUUCACCUACGCGCAACAUACUUCGGAUCGGCAACAUUGUCAAUAAUGCUCGCUUGUUGAGUGACCAGGCAGCCUCAGCAUCAACUGCUGCGGUACUAUCCUCAACUCUUGGAGGCGAUGACAAUACUACAGCGAAGAGCCGAUGGGUUGGCCAGCCUACCGAUGUCGCUCUUCUUGACCUCAUGGAUGCUUUUGGAGAAGACGAUAUCCGGGAAAUGCUCGGCGAUCGCAAGUUCGAGACACCAUUCAGUUCGGAAAGGAAGUGGAUGGGUGUCGUCGUUGGCGGUAGUUCUGGCAAUCUCACCCCUGGGUCUGACUAUGCAUACAUCAAAGGUGCACUCGAGAGAGUUCUGGACCGUUGUGACAUGUACGUAACGGCACAAGGAAAAGAGGUGGCACUCGACCAAGCACGCAAGCAAGAAGCGAUGAAGGCCGCUGACCAAAUGGCUCAAGAGGGUUUACGUGUGCUCGGCUUCGCUAGUGGUGCGUCGAGAGGAAAGAAGAGGAAUGCCAGUGGCACCGCUUCACCAGCACCAUCUACGAACUCGGCCCUUGGCGACGAUGAGCAGUACCGUGGUCUCGUGUUCGCUGGAUUGGUUGGCAUGAACGAUCCGCCACGAAAGGGCGUUGAGAGAGCUAUCCGAAGACUCAUCGCCGGCAAAGUCAAGGUCAUCAUGAUCACCGGCGAUGCAGAGACCACAGCAGUCGCUAUCGGCAAGAGUCUGGGUAUGCCCAUUAUGCCGAAUUCAGCACUCGGGCGCUCGGUUAUUCGUGGCGACGAAUUGGAUCAGAUGAGCGAGGAAGAACUUGCACAAGCCAUUGCGACAACCUCGAUCUUUGCGCGAACUAGUCCUGAGCACAAGAUGAAGAUUGUCCGAGCGCUGCAAUCACGAGGUGACGUUGUGGCAAUGACUGGUGACGGUGUCAAUGACGCGCCCGCGCUCAAGAAAGCAGACAUCGGAAUCUCCAUGGGUAGAUUGGGUACCGAUGUUGCGAAAGAGGCCGCAGAUAUGAUUCUGACAGAUGACAACUUUGCGACCAUUCUGAACGCGAUCGAAGAGGGUAAAGGCAUCUUCUACAACAUCCAAAACUUCCUUACCUUCCAACUCAGCACCAGCGCGGCGGCACUGAGCUUAGUACUCCUGAGCACAUUCCUUGGCUUCGAGAAUCCGCUAAAUGCCAUGCAGAUUCUCUGGAUCAACAUCCUCAUGGACGGCCCACCCGCGCAAUCUCUCGGUGUAGAACCUGUCGACCCAGCCGUCAUGGCCCUGCCCCCACGCCCACGCCAGGCACGCGUCCUGACCCGCCCGCUCAUUCAGCGCGUCCUCCAAUCCGCCACCAUCAUCAUGCUUGGCACACUCACAACCUAUUACCUCGAGAUGUCCUCCGACAACAUUGUCACUGCGCGCGACACAACUAUGACUUUUACCUGCUUUGUUCUCUUCGACAUGUUCAACGCACUAACUUGCCGCUCCUCCAGCAAGUCCGUCCUCGCAGGCGAGAUUGGCGUAUUCGACAACAAGAUGUUCAACUAUGCCGUGUCGGGCAGCUUGAUUGGCCAGUUAGCAGUCAUCUACUUUCCGCCGCUGCAAAGCGUUUUCCAAACUGAGGCGCUUGGCUUGGGCGAUCUCGCGCAUCUUGUCGCAGUGGCAAGUUGUGUAUUCUGGGCAGAUGAAGGGAGAAAGUGGUACGUCAGGUGGAAAGGGAGGAGAGGGUAUGGUGGGGGAUAUAGUACCGUUGUUUGA